AUGCGGCUGACGCGGGAUAACAUUGCAUCGAAGCUCGUCCGUGUCUUCUACGACUUCAACGUCGGCCCAAUGGAGACGCAGAGCUUCUCUGGCGGGACACUGGGAGAUUCGACCUCAUCAGAGCUGAUCACCACAACGGACUACCCUGCGGAUGCGCAGGAACACGGCAGCGCCGACGCCCCUGCCCAGUAA